UGCUGGAGCUCGAGGAGCAGGAGGCGAAUCUGCUGGGAAACACAACUGAAAUGCACCAAAUUCUUUAACUUGUCCAAGUCCCCAGUUAAAUAAAGCCUUGUGGGCAGAUAUUACGACAGGUGUGCUGGGGCAUAGAGAUCAAACCAAACAAAUCCAAAUUCAGGAUGUGAGCCGAAGUUAAAAAUCACCUCCAAAGUGGAGGACAGUUGGCUGGACUGUUUUAAGUAUCCACUUCAAGUAGCAGGGGGUUUGUUUUCAUUUGGGGCAAGGUGGCCCACUAGGAUUUCUAAUUGGAGCCAGGAUUAUUUGCUGAAUAAACAUAGCUCUUUGGGGUAGGUUUGACUUUCAGGUUCUUUUUAAAAUUAAAGGUGAAGGGUUAGUCUGAGGGAUUUUAACAAAGACAUGUAGCUACUCUCUCAGUGGUUGCAAAUCUCCCCAGAACAGAGCCAGCGUAAAGGAGCUGGUGCAGCAGGCAAGCAGGGUCAGGAGAGAGCUGCGUUGGCAUGCUGUAGAUGGUAAUGCUGAAUUGCUGCUGCUAGCAUCCCAAACACUAUGCCAGCAAAGUGGGUGUAGGAUAUAUAACGCAUCCAAAGCCACAGCCAUAUCCAUAAAGCUGUGUUAGCAACCCACCCCAAACCUCUCUGUAUGCCUGUGUAAUGUGCACAGCAGCCCAAGGGGGUAGACGAGCAGCUUUCAUAUUGAAUUUCUCAGCUUUUAAUGUUUGUGUGUCACUGAAUUCAUGAAAGGGGGAAGGAACUGCAACUUGUGUCUUUUUCCCCCCUUCUGUGCCUUAACUCGGAUACUCUUGUAAUUUUGGCAUACUGAAGUUCUCUCCUGUGACUGAUGGUGUGCGUUCCUUGCUUCCCAAUCCUUGCAAACAGCUGCCAGCUAGAGCACUGUUCAGUGACAAGAAGAGGCUGAAAUACACUCCUUACUCCUUGGGACCUGCAUUCCCAGUGCAGGAAAUAGCUCUCCUUACUGAUGGGGAGUGAAUGUCAGAGCACACCAUGCUCGCAUGCAGCCAGUCGGGUACCUUUGCUUGUGUGUGGGAGCGGGUUGGUGCGUGUGGUCCAGAAUUCAAAGCGUCGCUGCCUUCCGAGGAAGUGAAUAAUAGACCUUUGUUACCUCUCUGGUCUCAGCCAGUCUUGGCCAGUGUUGCAGUGAGUGCAAGGUGGUAUGUAAACGAGGUGGCGCUCGGUGUUUUUCUGCUGUGAUUCCUUCUUUUUUCCAUUUCCUGCCACUAUAUUUUAAAAAGGAAGGAAAACAAACUGCUGACUCCCUUCAAAAAUCCUCCUACUGGUCGCCUGCUCUGCUGGUGGCUGAAGAUCUGCAGAUCAGUGUUUGUUAAAGAAGACUUUGGGGAAAAAAAGGUGUCUGUUCUCUAAUUGGGGUUCAGAGCAUCUAAUGAGUGUGUACAGCCCCAUACUGGGGAGGACAGAAACUCAUACUUGUUCAAGCAGAGCGUGGAAAUGCUGACGGUCUCUGAGGAGUAAUAGUGUUGGCGUGAAACCUGCCAUGAAAAGAAGCAGCAGAGGUCCCUCAGAAGAAGAUGGUGUAAAGCCAGCCAGCGCAGCUGCCGCUUCCAGUCGCUUUGUGUCCCAGACCUCAGGGUGGAAAAUGGCAGCAGCCCAGGGGGCAGGAAGCAGUUCAGCUGGGCCAUCUGGGCUCCCCAGCACUGCCCCAGGGCACAGCAACUCCCCAGUGGUGGCAGUGUGGGAAUGGCAGGACGAAUUCGGGAGGUGGAGGCCCUACCGAGGGAACGUGUGCAGCUACAUUGAACAGGUUUUCCAAGCUUCUCAGCAGAAGGGCCGGCGUUUGGGGCCAGGACCUGUCAACAGCAUUCCCUUGGGACAUGCUGAUGCUGUCUUGGCCCCCUAUGUCAUCGACAUCCCAAGCUUGACGCAGUUCCGACAGGAUACAGGGACAAUGCGAGCCGUCCGCAGGCACCUCUUCCCUCAGGACUCUGCUGCUGGGCAGGGCAUCGUGUGGGAGUGGCAGAACGAUGAAGGUGGGUGGUCGCCCUAUGAGAUGAACGUGUGUGUGUUCCUGGAGCAAGCCCAUGCCACAAACCAUCAACGAGUAGAUCUUGGACCCUUAGGCUACAACUAUGAAGUUGACUUUAUGGCUCAAGUCCAGACCAACAAGACCACGAAGUUCCGUCGAAGUGUUCAGAGGCGCUUGGACGUUCCUUAUCCGGUGACGGCCGCUGCAGGGCCUGUUCACGCAGGAAUGGUUUGUUCUUGUCAACAGUGUUGGUUUAAUAGUGGGACUGGCCCUAUCACCACACGCUACCGGCACUCAAUGACAAACUUUCCCAACUCCUCCACUGCACAUCAAGUUUCCAGUAGGACAACGUCAGUAGGUUCUUCUGGCCUCGGCUUUGUUCCCUAUAACAAACCAACUUUGUCUGGAGCAAGGUCAACACCAAGACUCAAUGCACAGAGCACCUGGGCUUUGCCUCAAGCCCAGGGGGGCCCCAGCACAGGACUGUCUGCAUCUAAUGGAGUCAGCACCCCAAACCUGCCGGUCAAGAUGCCAAAACCCAGCAAAGUGAACCAGGCCUUGGCAGGCUGGUGGAAGAACUUGGCAGCCUCCAUGAUGGGCCUGAUGACUGCAGCACCAACUGAGCCGGAAGCAGUGGUCAGGAAGUACCUGGAAGAGCUGAAGGGUGCUCCUGCUGAUGAGGAUUGUAUGAUCUGCAUGGAGAAGCUGGCAUCCCCCUCAGGUUAUGGGGACGCUUGCGAGUGCAGCACGAUCAAGCCAGAGAUGGUCGGUCGCCUGACAAACUGCCAGCACUCCUUCCACAUGCUCUGCGUGCUGGCCAUGUACUGCAAUGGAAACAAGGAUGGGAGUUUGCAGUGCCCCUCUUGUAAAACCAUCUAUGGAGAGAAAACUGGUACUCAGCCCAAAGGGAAGAUGGAGGUCUCCACUUUUCCCCAGUCUCUCCCUGGCCACAAGGACUGUGGGACGAUCCAGAUCGUAUAUCACAUCAGCAGAGGCAUUCAGGGCCCUGAGCACCCCAACCCUGGGAUGCCUUACACAGCUAGAGGCUUUCCUCGCUAUUGCUAUCUGCCAGACAGUGAGAAAGGCAGAAAGGUCCUGGAGCUCCUAAAGGUGGCCUGGAAGAGACGCCUGAUUUUCACAGUGGGCACCUCCAGCACCACUGGUGAGAGCAACACGGUGGUGUGGAACGAAAUCCAUCACAAGACAGAGAUGGACACAAACCUGAGUGGCCAUGGCUACCCUGACCCCAACUACCUGGACAAUGUGCUGGCAGAGCUGGCUGCACAGGGUGUCACUGAGGACUGCCUGAGACAAUGAGCUGUGUUGGGGGGCCGGCUGUGCCGUGCACGUCUCCAGGGCCCUCCAAUUUGGAGGCCCAUCUAGUGCACUUAUUCCUGUUGCCUUAAGUUCCUGUGUCUGACCGCCUGUCACACUGAGCAAUAACACUGUAACGCGGGAGCCGUGUGUGCUCUGUACAGUCUCUCUUUCUGGAGGGAAGGCUGCUUUUGUAGAAAGUGGGCUCGCGUUUCCGGGUAGGGCUGAUGGACGUAGCCAGGACUGGCUAGGAGAGUUGUGUUAGGUGACAAAUCCCCUUGCGAAGGCAGGACCUUCGCCCUGGUAAUGUUUGGGGACAGGAGGGGGGAGAAGGGAACGUCUCACUCCCACUAGACUACUCAAAAGGAAAAUGAGGCCUCCCUCCUGCAGCAUGUCACAGCUGUUUGUCUCCGAGGCACCACUUAGAGUAAAGCCUCCUCCCUCCUGCCCCUGUAGCUGAUAACCUAUUUCUCUGCUUGGUCAUAAUAAACAUUGCAUUGCCAUG